CAGACUGUACGGGAAGCGUGGCGCUUGUUCAGUCAAAGAGUUUAGAGUGGCAUAGGGAACAUGGCGUUUCUAAACGUUGCAUCGUCGCGGCUUCUCAGCAAAACACUGCAGUUAGGCGGUAGAGUACAGAAUUGCACUGCAACUUGUACAGCAGCAACACGUAACUUUCACUUCUCAGUAUAUGGAAGAAAGGACACUUCAGCAAAACUUUCUGAUUCGAUCUCAACACAGUAUCCUGUAGUUGAUCAUGACUUUGAUGCAGUUGUUGUUGGUGCUGGUGGUGCUGGAUUACGGGCUGCGUUUGGAUUGUCUGAAGCUGGCUUCAAUACAGCUUGCAUAACUAAGCUAUUUCCUACCAGAUCUCACACUGUUGCUGCACAGGGUGGAAUUAAUGCUGCGCUGGGUAAUAUGGAAGAUGAUGACUGGAGGUGGCACUUCUAUGACACGGUUAAGGGUUCAGACUGGCUUGGUGAUCAAGAUGCCAUCCAUUAUAUGACUGAGCAAGCACCAGCUUCUGUCAUUGAGCUGGAAAAUUACGGAAUGCCUUUCAGCAGAACUGAGCAGGGGAAAAUCUACCAGCGUGCAUUUGGAGGUCAGAGUCUUAAGUUUGGAAAAGGAGGACAGGCUCACCGUUGUUGCUGUGUGGCAGACAGAACAGGCCAUUCCUUGCUGCACACUCUCUAUGGAAGGUCUCUUCGGUAUGAUACCAGUUAUUUUGUGGAAUACUUUGCCCUAGACCUUUUGAUGGAAAAUGGUGAAUGCCGGGGUGUGAUAGCCCUCUGUAUGGAAGAUGGAUCAAUACAUCGCUUCAGGGCCAAGAACACCGUGAUAGCGACUGGGGGAUACGGACGUACAUUUUUCAGCUGUACCUCUGCUCAUACCUGCACUGGAGAUGGUACUGCAAUGGUUACAAGAGCUGGGCUUCCAUGCCAGGAUUUAGAAUUUGUGCAGUUCCACCCUACAGGAAUCUAUGGGGCAGGAUGUUUGAUAACAGAAGGUUGUCGUGGAGAAGGAGGAAUCCUUAUCAACAGUGAAGGUGAAAGGUUUAUGGAAAGAUAUGCUCCUGUAGCAAAGGAUUUGGCUUCGCGAGAUGUGGUUUCCCGUUCUAUGACUAUAGAAAUUCGAGAAGGAAGAGGCUGUGGGAAGGACAAAGACCAUGUUUAUCUUCAGCUCCACCACCUUCCACCCAGUCAGCUGGCAUCCCGACUCCCAGGAAUUUCUGAGACAGCAAUGAUCUUUGCAGGAGUUGAUGUAACAAAGGAACCCAUUCCUGUCCUGCCAACAGUUCAUUAUAACAUGGGGGGUAUUCCUACCAAUUAUAAAGGGCAGGUGAUUACCCAUGUAAAUGGUGAAGAUAGAGUGGUACCAGGACUUUAUGCAUGUGGAGAGGCUGCAUCUGCUUCAGUACAUGGAGCCAACAGAUUGGGUGCAAACUCACUUCUGGAUCUGGUGGUCUUUGGUCGUGCAUGUGCUCUAAGCAUUGCAGAGUCGUGCAAGCCUGGUGAACCAGUGCCAUCAAUUAAGGAAAAUGCAGGAGAGGAAUCUGUUGCAAAUCUGGACAAAUUACGCUUUACCAAUGGAAGCACUAGGACUUCAGAACUCAGAAUCAACAUGCAGAAGACUAUGCAGAAUCAUGCAGCAGUUUUCCGAACAGGUUCUGUGUUGAAGGAAGGUUGUGAAAAACUGAGUGCCAUCAAUUCUACAAUGGAUGACAUCAAGACAUUUGACAGAGGCAUUGUUUGGAACACUGAUUUAGUGGAGACACUAGAGCUGCAAAAUUUAAUGCUAUGUGCACUGCAAACAAUUUAUGGUGCUGAGGCACGCAAAGAGAGUCGUGGUGCCCAUGCAAGAGAAGAUUACAAGGUAAGAAUUGAUGAGUAUGAUUAUUCAAAGCCCAUUCAAGGUCAGCAGAAGAAAAGUUUUAGCGAGCACUGGAGGAAGCACACGCUAUCUUAUGUUGAUGGGAAAGGAAAGGUUAGCUUGGAAUACAGACCUGUCAUCGAUACAACUUUAAAUGAAGACUGUGUGUCUGUUCCACCGGCAAUUCGUUCUUACUAAACUACAGUUAUUCAGUUUGAAGUCAAAUUAUUCAUCCAGCAGUGUAUUAAAAAUAAUUGUGGAUUUUCGUAGUUAACUUGCACACAAUCUUGCAUUGCAGAAAUCCUGAUUCUGAGGAAUCCAGUUUUGCUGUUAAUAAUAAAUGAAAUGAUGCAUACUUUUUGUUGAUAUUGUGGAUUUUGCAUUGCUAUUGUUCAUGAGACACCCUGCGGAUACAGAUCUUGUUUGUAUCUGUUCUAGGUUUAAAAAUAAAAUGCUGUAAAAAAAAAAAAAAAA